AUGAGAUCGUUUCAAGACGUUGAGAUCGGAACCUCCCGCAGUAAAUUCGACUCCCUCGCGACACCCGAGACGCCCAAAGAUGAGUUCAAGUCGCCUAUGCUGCAGGAAGAGGAACUGACUCCUCAAGGCGCUUCAUUUAGGGAAUUACUCAUCAUUUCGAUGCCUCGCAUGGCCAUUCGAAUGGCUUCGGCAGCGCAAUGGGCAGCACUCGGUCCUUAUUUACAGACGAUGCUUCCUCGCUAUGCCGUACAAUUGACACAGCUCAGCGGACCACUUUGUGGUGUCCUGGUGGGGCCAAUCGUCGGUGCGUACUCGGACCGAACCACGUCGAGGUUUGGACGUCGUCGGCCUUAUCUUGUCACUGCUGCAGUGGGGAGUGUUGCGUGCUGGAUCCUCAUGAGCUACACACGAGAACUGGGAGACACCUUAGGAGAUGUGGGGUCUGGAAAACCAGGAGAACUCACCGACCGCACAUGGACUGCUCUACUCACUGUACUCUUCUACUUCUGGACAGGGUUUAUGAUCCACCUUGCGCGUACGCCUGCUAUGUUACUGAUCUCCGACUUUGCUGGCAAUCACCAGACCGUCGGGGCUUCACUUGGUCAAGGAUGGUCAGUUCUCGGAGCUGUUCUGGUGGCUGUAUACACGGAAUGCUUUGGCGCAGCUUACAACUCGUUGGCCUGGUUCAUGGGAAUGCUAUCCGUCAUCAUGGCCGUAAGUAUUGGAGCAGCGUGUUAUGUAGCAAAGGAGAUACCACUGGAUACGACGAUGACGAAACGAGGGUGUUGCCAGAAUAUCAUCGACGCCUUUGGUGCCAUUAUCAGCGCCGUUCGAUCAUUGCCUAAAGUGCUGGUGGUGUAUUGUAUCGUGGUCUUCUUCGUCCAGUACGCUUAUGCUGCCUACAAUGGCAACAAAGGCAUGUUCUUCGGUAUCGAGGUCUUUGACGGAGACGCCACCAAUGCCGCCACAUGUGACGAUGAGUGCUCAGAGGAACAAAAUGACUACAACCGAGGUGUCCGGCUCGCUGGAGGCGUGGCAGAUAUACUAUUCUGCGGCGUUGGGUACUUGCAUUCGUGGGUUCUUCCUCCACUCGUGCGUCGCUAUGGCAUCCAUCUCGUUGCAAGUUUAGCGAUAAUUCCUCAGAUGUUGCUGAUGAUCAUGGCAUUCUGCGAUGUGGUUGUGCUGGACGUGGCUAUCGGCGCACUCACCUCCAUUACCGUGGGCACCUUUUUCGCAUUGAUCGUGCCGCUUAUUGUGCACGUACUAGGUUAUACUACCGACAUCGGCGUGUACGUUGGAGUGUUAUCUUCCGUGACUGCGUCCGGUCAACUGCUCAACUUUAUCGUCGGUUCUGCUCUCGUGGAAACUUCACUGGGUUUCAGACUACCAGUAUUUGUAGGUGGUGCUGUCAGUUUACUGGCAUUCCUCAUCUGUGUAUUCUUCUUCAAAGUCAAGAUGAACUGCAUGUAACACGAAAUAGAGAUAGAAUCCCUUUUAGCUUUUAUUGCGCCGUAGAUUCGACAGUUCUCGACAGGCGGCAGAUCCGAAUUUGAUCCCGAUUCGGAUACACGAAAAGCUGUCUCCCCAUUUUUUCUAGUGAUGACGUCGUGAUAUCAACGUAGUCAAUACGGUGGACGGCAAGUUGGUCGAGGAACUCCUGGAACGUUUUCUGGUUACGAAUAGUAGCGGCGAAGAUCGCUACGCGUUGUGGA